CUGGAGCCCCCCGCUGUUGGCUCUCAUCACUACAACAGACCGUUACCCCCACAUUCGCAUUUUCGAGCCCCUCGUCCCUUGCAACGCACCCACGCACGCAUUGCGACUGCGCACAGCACCUCGAGCCCCGCCUAGAUAGCAGUACCGACCUACACACACAACAGGCAACAUGUCGUCGUCUUCGCAGGUGACCGAGUCGUGGAUCGCGUCUUUUUGCGGGCUGCUAGGCCACGAAUACUUUGCUGAGGUGUCGGAGGACUUCAUCGAGGAUGACUUCAACCUGACAGGCUUGCAAUCACAGGUGCCCAUGUACAAGGAAGCGCUGGAGAUGAUCCUGGAUGUCGAACCCGAGGAUGACGAGGACGACGAAGAGGAAGAGGAUGAGGAAGACGAGGAAGACGAGGUCCUGGGCGAUGAACGGGCACCGGGUUAUCGGCGCGCAGGCGAUCGAAGGCACCUGCGGAUAGCGUCCGACCUCAGCGUGAUUGAAAGCUCUGCGGAGCUUCUCUACGGACUCAUACAUCAACGGUACAUUACUUCGCGACCUGGUAUACAACAGAUGGCCGAGAAGUACGAGCUUCAGCACUUUGGCACAUGCCCACGUGUGCACUGCAACUCGUGCAAAGUACUCCCCGUCGGGCUCAACGACAGCCCCGGGCACGAAACGGUCAAGCUGUUCUGCCCAUCGUGCUUGGACGUAUACACGCCACCCAACUCGCGGUUCCAAACCGUCGAUGGCGCAUUCUUUGGCACGACGUUUCCCUCGCUCUUCUUCAUGACGUUCACCGACCUCGACAUUGGCGGCGGGCUGCGCAACAACACGUCCAACACUAUUGACGCGCUACAACAAUUACAAUCGCAAAGCGGCGACGGCAAGUCGCGAAACACGACGCCUUCGAAUGUCACGUCAAUAAACGGCGUUGCACCGCACAACCUCGCACCUGGGCUCGGCACGGGCAGUAUAUACGAGCCACGAAUCUACGGCUUCCGCGUCAGCGAGCGCGCACGGUCAGGACCUCGGAUGAAAUGGUUACGGAUGCGGCCUGCCGACGUGACGGAACUGGACGAGACAAGGAGGUACUGGGAAGAACACGACGAAGAUGCAGAUAGGCCUGAUGAUGAUGAUCUCAACAUGGUGGAUGUGGCAGAAGGAGGCAAGGGCACACCGGCAGAGCGAAGAAAGAAGGCCAUCCGAGCACGAAGACGGCCAACAAAUGGCUCCAACGCUGGUGGAGGCGGCAGUCCCAUGGACACGAAUGGUGUUGGAGCAGCAGCGGGCUAAAGGGCUUGUUUUUUCUCCCUUUUUUUUCUCCCCUUUCCUUUUUGGAAACCAAGCGUGUGGGGAGUUGUUCUUUUCUUUCUCUUUUUUUUUCUGUACAGCUCCAUAUGUUCU